AAAACGAGGCAAAACCAUUAUUCCGUCUGAACAUUUUGUAGUUCGAAAUAUUCGGUUAGGAAUUGUAUAAAAUGGAACUGAUAAAACAAGGCGCUGAAGCCAAGGUUUUCAAAGUUGAGUACCUGGGAAAACAAGCAAUAGUUAAACAGCGAUUUCGCAAGACAUACAGACACCCGUCGCUUGAUGAAAAGUUGACACAUCGUCGAACACUGCAAGAAGUUAGGUCAAUGUUGCGAUGCAGGAAAUCUGGUAUUAGAACGCCAGUUGUCUAUCAUCUCGACAACGAAACACAUUCAAUUUAUAUGGAAGAGAUUACCGGAGCAGUGACUGCUCGUGAUUUUAUAAACAGUUUAUUGAGUGAAAAUUCAAAGACUUCAUUGCAUGUGGCAUUGGAAGAUCUGGCGAGAAAAAUGGGUGAAACCAUUGCAAGAAUGCACGAAGCUGAUGUAGUUCACGGAGAUCUUACUACUUCAAAUAUGCUAAUCCAAACAAACGGAACAACUGAAUCACUAAUCAUAAUUGACUUCGGACUCAGCUUUAUAUCGACUUUGGCAGAGGACAAAGGAGUUGACCUUUAUGUUCUUGAAAGAGCGUUCCUUAGUACACAUCCAAACACAGAAGACAUUUUCAGAAUUUUUUUAAAGAGCUAUGUGACCAGCUCAACCAAAAAGUCAUCACAGGCAGUUAUAGCCAAACUAGAUGAGGUUAGAAUGAGAGGUAGAAAAAGGGUUAUGAUUGGCUAGAUCAGAGCUUCAGAGAUUAGUAUCGAAAGAACAUUUAUGAUUUCCCUUUUUUUCUCUACAACCUUUUCUGUAGCAUUGAAGAGACUAUUUUUAUAGCAAGACAAAUCGAAAAGAAUGA